UGUCCUGAUUCUUUACACCUCUUACAAUGAAAUCAGAGUCCAGACGGCGCUCUUUAAGAAAAUCUCCACAGACACCUGCUGCUACUGGCUCAGAGGCCCCUUCACUGCUGGAUAUGCUCACGUGAUCUUGUAGUAGGUAGAGAUUUAGAUUAAACUGUCAGAAUUAACUCGAACAAAAGAAGAGUGCACAAAAAGUUGACUGUUCAGUCUGCCAUCUUGCCCGGAACCUGUGAAGAUGUGGUACCCUGGUAUCCAGAUAACUUACUGUCAUUUUAUCUUUGUAAAGAUAUGUUCCAUUUGAAUAUAAUAUUGAAAAUUUACUAACUGUAUCAAACAUUGUAUGUAAGUAAAUGAAUCCAUGUCUGAAUUUUAUUAUCUUUUGAUGUUAUUUGUCACACAUCAAUGGCAAAUAUCUGCCACCAAAAGGCAAUUUACAACAACUACCAAACAUUUUGCUUAGUAAAUGGUGAUUAUUCACAAUAUUAUAUUUUUGUGAAUGAAAGAGAUUUUUUUAAUGAAGGCCCGAGACUUCUCUUUGAAUUUUAAACUGUUAACAGUGUGCAGAAUCAGAUUUUUGGAGUACUGCACAUGCGCCUAAUUUUGCCAGUAACCGCCAUUUUUCAACAGACAGACGCACACUGAAAAGAUGUGCCACUGCUCAGAUUGUGGGGAGAGUUUUACUAAAAGUCAUCAUCUCAAAGAUCACAAGCGGAUUCACACAGGGAAGAAGCCAUUUUACUGUGGACAGUGUGGGAAGAGUUUUACUUGUCAGAGUAAUCUCCAAAAGCAUGAGCGCAUUCACACAGGGGAGAAGCCGUAUCACUGUGGACAGUGUGAGAAGAGCUUUACUUUUCAGAGUAAUCUCCAACAGCAUGAGCGCAUUCACACAGGACAGAAGCCGUAUUACUGCUCCCAGUGUGGGAAAAGUUUUACCCAACUAUGUAAUCUCCAGCGACAUGAGCGCAUUCACACAGGACAGAAGCCGUAUUACUGUGGACAGUGUGAGAAGAGCUUUACUUUUCAGAGUAAUCUCCAAAGACAUGAGCGCAUUCACACAGGACAGAAGCCGUAUUACUGUGGACAGUGUGGGAAGAGUUUUACUCGUGAGAGUCAGCUCCAACAGCAUGAGCGCAUUCACACAGGGGAAAAGCCGUAUUACUGCUCACAGUGUGGGAAGAGUUUUACUUGUCAGAGUAGUCUCGAACAACACCAGCGUAUCCACACUGGAGAGAGGCCCUAUCACUGUGGACAGUGUGGGAAGAGUUUUACUUGCCAGCGUACUCUCCGACAGCAUUUGCGCAUUCACACAGGAGAGAAGCCGUAUCAAUGUGGACAGUGUGGGAAGAGUUUUACAUUUCAGAGGGAUCUCCAACGACAUGAGCGCAUUCACACAGGGGAAAAGCCAUAUUACUGCUCCCAGUGUGGGAAGAGUUUUACUUGUCAGAGUAGUCUCCAACGACACCAGCGUAUCCACACAGGAGAGAAGCCGUAUCACUGUGGACAGUGUGGGAAGAGUUUUACUUGCCAGAGUAAUCUCCAACGACAUGAGCGCAUUCACACAGGAGAGAAGCCGUAUCACUGCUCGCAGUGUGGGAAAAGUUUUCGUGACCAGAGGACCCUCCACAGCCACCAGCAGAGUCAUACAGGACAGAAGCUGUACCUCUGUGGACAUUGUGGGCGGAGCUAUACACAUUCAAGUUCAUUAAGGACACACAAGUGCUCUAACAUAAAUCCAUCAGAUUUUGAUGUGAAUUUCUCAAAUUAAGAUUUGUUAUUCAUUUUCAUUUUUUAAAGGGGAGGUAAAGAGACAUUCAGGCAUUAAACAAUAUCAUAUUAUUUGUCAUGGACUGUAGUAUUCUGUUGCAUGGGAUUUAUUGCUUACUCUCUGGGUUUUAGCAAAAUUCAUGAUUUUAUGUUGUUUUCCUGUUCCCCAAACCCUACAAUACCACUCAUGGAAUACACAUAUUAGCUUUUUAAAAUGUUGGGUUGUGCAUACUAUUGAACUGAAAGCCAUUUUUAGUGACAGGUUACAAAUUCUGCUAGAUUUCCUAAAGUUUGUGAGAUUACCAGCCAAGAUCAAGGUGUAGUCACAGAGUUUGGGGGUGUAGUCAUCAAGUCCCAAAAUUAGUCAGUGACUGGGAAAUUGGGCUUAAAUUCAUGUAGUGUGCACUAGGCUUACUGUCACCUCUAUUGCUAAUGCUGAAUAAUAGACCUUUAUAACCUUUAUAACACUGAUUCAAAUGAUUCAAAUAUUCUGUUCGCAAUAAGAUCUUAUCAAACAUAUCUAGAUUUAGCUUUCUUUGUCUCCUCCUGGAUAUAUUUGUUUCUGUGGUCCGACUGUAGAUCGUUAACAAGCAGCAGACAUGUUCACAAGUCCCUGAGGUCCAAGUCAAGUCUUUGUUCUAUUUUUUGCAACAGUGUAUGAGGCUAAAUCAAUUUUGAAAUAUUAAAACUGAUUACUUCUUCAA